GCGUUUUUGGACACUAACUAUGGUACGGCGACCAGGGAUUACAUGAAAUCUAUCAACCGCCUUGGAGACUCGGUCCUCCAGGACAUCUGGGAACGCACAAAGGAUAUCGCUGCAAAGAGGCGUGGUGUGCCCCUCACUCCGGACGAGGAUUCUGAGGAUGAGCGUGCACUUAUCUUCGAUAUU